UAAUCCUCUUCAAUGGCUGCUUACAGAAGCCUAAGUAACUAUCCAACCACUCCAACACAUCACGCGGGAGAACCUUAGGGGUUGACGAACAUCUUUCAUCGCGUUUAAAUUAUAAACAUAAAAGAACUCAACCUCAGUCUUACGAUAACAUCUCUAGGGCAGAAUCGUUGAUGUUGCAAAUAUUCAAAAUCUAAGGACUGGUUCCUGGAACGAGAAGAAGACAUAUUAAAUUGGUUUGCGCUGAUUGUGUUUGUACGUGUUGCCAUUUAAUUUGGAGCGAAACAUCGACCGGACCGGAGAACAAAUAGAGUUAGACCUUAAUGGAUUUGUACUGCAGAUCAACAAAAUUACAGAGUACGUGACUGAGACUGAGUAAAAGGCCUUAAAAGUGAGUUAGAAGUAAGUUAACUACAUACGUUCUAAGAAAUAAAAGCACGUUCCGCUUGUAGGAGGAGAUUCAAUUAAGAACCUGCAGUUUGUAGAACGUUUCAAUUUUUGUAAAGAAAAGAAAGUACGAACUUGUUUUUAUAAAUUCUCAUAUUCAAGCCAGAUCAUCGUUUAUUUCAUGUUUCGUUCUUUGAGCGCGUACUAAGAUGUCGAUACGUAUCGUUACAGCAUUUUCUGCGGCGUCUGCCUUCUUCCUGCUCUCAACGUUUAUCGUAUACAGUGACGGGGCGACGUGCGAGCUGAUCAAACUUCCGAUGUGUAAAGGCAUGCCGUGGAACAAAACCCGGAUGCCGAACCAUCUGCAUCAUAGCACACAAGAAAACGCCAAACUCGCGAUUGAACAGUUUCAGGGGCUCGUCUCCACGAACUGCAGCUCUGAACUUUUAUUCUUUCUUUGUUCUAUGUAUGCACCAAUUUGUGCAUAUGGUUUCCAAGACGACGCAGGUAUACCGCCUUGUAGGAGUUUGUGUCUACGUGCUAAAUCAGGUUGUGAACCAAUCAUGUUGAAGUAUGACGUAAAAUGGCCACCCUACCUGAGAUGUGAUAACUUGCCUGAGUACGAUAGGGGCGUUUGUAUAUCCCCGGAGGCUAUUGUGGACGAAAUGCCACGCGAUCCUUCACUCGAUACAGGUGUCGUACCAUCACCGCCUGACCUGAUUCCUCAAAAUCCUCCGCCAUUGCCAUCGGCUGAACUUAAAGACAUCUCUAUCCCAAAAGACGAGGUUAUAUUAUGGACACAUGACGAGUGUGUUUGUCCAGAGGUGGUUCCUGGCAAGGAGUAUCUUAUAAUGUGUUUCCAGCAUCUGGAGAGUGGACACUUGGUGCUCCAAGAUGACUGUAUAGUUGAAGAAUGGAACAGUGAAUGGCCAGCACUUGUGAAGAAAUGGUAUAAAAGAUUAAAGAAGUCACAGCGACAAGAAUCAACAAAUACGAAACCAAAAAACAAGAAAAGAAGACGAGGGAAAAAACGAGUUACAACACAGCCUCCAACCUCACAGCCAAAUUCUAAAAGAAGAGAAUAGUAUUUAUGAUUUCCAUACGGUAGUAAUUAUUAAGCUAUUAUACGUUGACAAAAUCCAAAUAAUUGUAAAUACAUAUUUUAAAAUGAAAAUGUCCGAGUUUCAGAAAGAUUAUAGAGGGCGCACCAAAGGAACAAUGGAAAAAGGGCGAUAAUAUCGCUGAGAUGAUAUUUUGAGUCUAAACAACUUGCGAACUCAAAACUAAUAUAUUCCUCAAAUUAAUUCAUAGAAUCUAUGUUUAAAUAAACAAAAAUAACGUAGUUCUUUUGCAUUUAGCUCUCUGAUUUAUUGCAAAUAAAAUCUGCAUUGAAAUUAGCAUCAACAAAUUACUAUGGUGUUCUCAAUCUGUGAAUAUCUAAUCUGUAUAUCUUUAAGCUUUAAUAUACACAUUAGAUGUGGGUACUGUACUAUUAUUAUUUUUAAGGAUUUAUAGCGCACAUAUUCCUUUCAAAAAAGACGUGCUCAAGGUGCUAUGUAGGCUAUUUGUAAAAUUACUACGGUUUCUAAUAAGAAUACGAAAAUAUGAAUAGUACAUGGUAGAUUGUGGUGUUUAUGUUAUAUUAAUUCUAUUGCUCUUAACCCGUACGUUUGUGUAGAGUGCAUUCCACAACAUUUGCAGCUUUGUUGUUAAGCUUUCAUUCAUUCUCUAAAGAUUAAUAACGCUUCUUAGGCUUAUAUAGCAAAAAGAUAAUACGUUCAUUUGGAGAUAAAAGAAACAUAGUUUAUUUGAAUUCAUGACUUUAAUUAUUAAUACCAUAAUAUGAGUAGUUAAUAAUGAGUUUGCUAAUAAUGAAUAUAUUUGAAUUUAUUGAGUGUUAAAAUUGUUUUUAUGUAUCCGAUAGGCCUAUGUCAAGCUAGCAUCAUGUUAUGUUUAAGUGCUUUCAAAUAAUACCCAUCAUUUUAGCCGAGUAA